AUGAAUAAUGUUAAUCAGAGCCCAUGCAAAACAUCUCAAGAAGUCUCUGAUCUUUCGAAAGCUUCUGCUAAUUAAAAGUUAUAAACCCAAAAAAUUACUGAUUUAGAAAAUACCAUAAGACAUCUUGAAUAAACAAAUAAAAAAUUAACUGAUCAAAUAAAUGAUUAGAACAAUGAAAUGAAUAAAGAAAAACAAAAAUUCAAAAAUCAAUAGAGUGCCUCUGCUUAAAUUCAAAAUUAAAAAGACUAAUAAAUUCAAAAAUUGAUAGAUGAAAACCAGAAGUUGGUUAAAACAAUAAAAAAAAUAGAAACCGAUAUAAAUAAGCUUGAUUUACUCAAAGAAGAAAAUAUGAAUCUAAAAUAAGUGAUUUAAGGACAAUCAUAAGAAAUUGAAGAUUUGAAAUAGAAAAUACCAAAAAAUGAAACCAAAUUGACUUCUGAUACAGCAUUGGGAGUUUUAGCCUCUAAACGAAGCUAAGAAAUUUUGGUCUUAAAAAACGAAAAUCAAGAAAUAAAAUAAAAGAAUCAAGAUCUCUAAGCUAAAUUAAACAAUAUAUUAAAAGAUAAUUAAUAACUGCAAUAAAUUAUCUAAUUUGAUAAUCCAUCAUAACGACUUAAUUCUUAAGCCAGUUCAUCCAAAUAAUACAAUUCCUCAGAUAAAAAAUAAGAUCAAACUAAUUAUAUUUUGAAUGAAUAAGUAAGUAAAUUAUAAUCAGAAUUAAAAGAAGCUAAAAACGCAAUAGAGAAGUUGAAAAAACAAAAUCCCAUUAGUAUUACCCCUAACAAUAAACCAACCACCAGUAUUAAUAGUAUUAAUAAGAAUAAUUCAAAUGAUAAAAUAUAGAAGACCUAAUCUUUCAAUAAUGCCGAUUUUGAUAAAGACAAGAAAUUCAGAGAUCUUGAGGAUUAAGUAAAAAAACUUGAGUUCGAAAAAUAAAACAUAGCUUAAGAAAUUAGAUUAGAAUUUGCUUAGGAUAUUAAAUAAUUAUAAGAUAAACUAAGAGAAGAAUAUGAAGCAAAGGCGCAAUUAGACAGAGAACAAGAUAAACCAACUUAAGAAUAAGUAAAAAAGUUAACCUAAGAAAAUCAGAAAUUAUAAAUCAUUGUUUAAAGAUAGAAUAAAGAAAUAUAAAACAUGGAAAAAAAAUUAACGGAUUUAUUAAUUACCUAAGAAGAUAUCUAAUAAAGUCUUUAAAAGGAGAAAUAAUUUUAGGAUUAUUUGAAAUAAGAAAAGAUCAAGCUUUAAGAGCAAUUGAAAGAAAAGUCAAAGGAAAUCAGUGAGCAUAAGGAAGAUAUUGUGAAAUUAGCAAAGGAAAGAUAAUAAUUGAAAGAUUUAUUGGAGAAAUCCAAAUCUGAAUCUAAAAUCAACUAAAGUUAAGCCAGUAAUAGGCCAAUAAGCUAAAAAAGUGAGAUAAGUAAAAAAUAAAAAUGA